AUGGAAGCGGACCAGCGAGACAAUACCUCAACAUCUCAACAGGUAAGCAGCAGGUAUGUAGAUGAUCACCGGAAUGUGGAUACAACAGACCCUAUGGAAGCGGACCAGCGAGACAAUACCUCAACAUCUCAACAGGUAAGCAGCAGGUAUGUAGAUGAUUGCAGGAAUGUGGAUAUGACAGACCCAGUCUGUGAUUUGGAGGAUUCGUCAGAGUGUGAUUCUACCAUUAAUAUUCUAUCUAUUGUCGCAUCUCUUAUUAUUGUCAUUAUCGGGAGUUUGAUCAACAUAAUUAUCUGCAGAAGAAAUCGCAAAAACUCCUGCUUUGGAAGCAAAUCCUUCGAAUCGAACGUGAAGGUUAAAACAGUUCAAGAAAUGUUGCCAAAUUUUUGUAGAAGUGACAGAUUACCGUACACCGUGCUGGGUCCACUAGAAAAACCAAACACUUAUGAUGACCUGCAUCUCUAUGUAGAACCUGUAGUUUUACCUUGAAGCCUUUAAAAUCAUAUACUCAGAAAUAUCAUGUAUAACAUAGAUCUACCCUAAUAAAAAAGUGGAAAUAUCAGGAAAA